UUUAAGUGUCUUCAAUUAACAUCUGUAAUCUUAUUUUAUUUCAUUUUUGCUCCCUUUGUUUUGAUAUAUUUAUUUCCAUCACUGAUUAAUUAUUGCCUGAUCUACUAUCAAACCGAUAAUCUUUUUGUUUUAAUUCUUCAGAGCCUCAGUCAGUGCAUUCCAUUUUUCUAGGUACACGGCAGAGUUAUAACGCCCUGUGUAAUUCAUUUGUUGUUUUCACUCAUUUUGUUGAGUUUUUUGGAUGGUUAAUGUUUUUUAAUUAAGAACAAGUGACAAAAUUUAAAAUGAAAACUUCAUUUGUGUUACCGUUGUUGACAUUUGUUUACCUUCAACUGUUUGUUUCAUCCACUUUCCAAGCAAAUUUUUUCGCGUCCAAUGAUUCUACCAGCCUUAAAGGUCUUAUUCUGAUUGCUCAGAAAGGAUACACAUCAAUACCGACCAAUGAAACAUAUCCAAAUGAUGAGUAUACUGUACCAGAAUAUUGGCCAGAUGGAUAUGGUCAAUUAACGAUUACUGGCAAGCAAAAGAUUUAUAAACUUGGUCAAUCAAUUGCAUCUAAAUAUUCAAAAUUUUUGCCAAACAAUCCUCAUGAAGUUUACAUUCAAAGCUUUGAUGAUACUCCAUGUUUUGAAUCAGCUGAAGUCCUAGCUGCUGGAAUUUUUCCUCCCGUUGAUAGAUGGAUCUGGAAUGAUAAAUUAAAUUGGCAACCAGUCAAAGUUAAUGCUCGCCCAGCAUCUUCUGACAAUGUACUUGGCUUUUCGAUUCCUUGUGAGUUACCAACUUUGAGUACUACAGAGACCAAGGAAGCUUACAUUCAACUGACCAAAGCUCACACGGGUCUAUUGUCAUUCAUUUCCGAAGCGACUGGAUGGACUGAUAUGAGUAUCAUGCAAUUCGUUGACUUGUAUAAAACAAUUAUCCUAGAAGAGAACAACAUGUUAUCACGUCCGCCAUGGUUAAAUCAAACUAUCUGGCAAGAAAUGGAUAAAUUUGUUUCCGAUUUAGCAUACCUGAUGUACUCCAAUCGCCAAGUACAACGAACCAUAGCUGGACCGCUUUUAGCUCAAAUUUCGGAAAAUAUAGCAAACAUUGAGAAAAAUGGAGAGCCAAAAGUAUAUAUUUAUGUCAGCCAACAGCCUAAACUCAUCACCUUGCUAACCAGUCUUUUAAUCAACAAUACUCAAGAAAUUCUCACUAAACCAGGAUCCGUAAUAGGACUAGAAAUUUACCAAGAAUCAGGGAAGAAGCCAUAUUUCAACUUGGUAUUCAAUGAUGGUGAUAAAACCGAAAACUGGAAACCAUUGGCAAUGUAUGGAUGUAACCAAAACUGUACAAUGGAUCAUUUCAAUAGCUUCGCUAAACUCAUUUCUCCUCUGACUGCUCAAGAACUUUGCGCUCAAUCAGAUAACAAGCCAGUUACAUUCCCUUCUAUUCCUAAGUCUCCUGAAUCUGCACCAGCCACAAACGUCGAAACAGAUGCUGAUAAUGCUGCAAAUGAAGAUUCAUCUUCUGGAGGAGGUUGGCGAGCCUUUUUAAUCACCAUAUUAUGUUUGGCCUGUGUUGCUCUCAUUAUUUUUGGUGUUUCAUCUUACAUGAAAAAUCGACAAAGAGUAGAAUACUUUUUCAUCUAAAUAAUCAAUUGCUGCGAGCAAACAAUUUUUAUUCACCCAAAAAAAGAUGUCAAAUUCAAGUAGUUAUUCAUAUUUAAUGGGACAAUUCAGAGCAAAUAUGAAGUGAUUUUAAGUGGACAAAAGUGAAUUUUUAUGAAAUACUGUACAUGAAUCAUAAUAUAAAUAUCAAUCGCACUUACAACAAGAAAAUAUCGGCCCAUUAUUUCAUUUACUGAUAAACUUGUAAUUUUUAUCGUAUCACCUUAUCUGACUAAAAAAAUUCCAUUGUAUUUUUGUAAAUCAACUUCUAUCAAAACUAAUAAUGCUAUUCAAAAAGAGA